AUGAGUUCAAUCGAAACCGACGUCAAAUCUAUCCUCAAAGGCGUAGACUACAAGCUCGACGAGCUUUCGACUUCACAAAAUGAUAAAUCUCGAGUAGAGGCUCUUGAGCUCGCACAGAAACUGAGCCGAGUUCUUGAAAAGCCGAAGGAUGCGGUCCUCAAGAUGUCACUCUCAUGCAUGACUGUCAAGAUUGGCCAUGACUUAGACGUGUACAAUUCGCUGGUCACCGGGGGUCCUGCAACGGCCAAGCAGCUCGCCGUGCCCAAGAAAGCGGAUCCGGUAUUUGUGGAGAACCCCGAAGACCUCGGACGGUUCAACACCUACAUGGAGGGGAUCCGAGGUGAUCGUGCGCACUGGGCGGACUGGUCCGCCGUGCAGAAACAAAUCCUCGACGGGGCAGCUAAUGACCCAACUCGACCUCUUCUAGUUGAUAUUGCCGGCGGUCGUGGUCACGAUAUUGCUCACUUUGCAUCCCAGUUCCCGGAAGCCCCGGGAAGGCUCAUCCUCGAGGACCCCCCCCCGGUAAUUGAGGAUAUCGCAAAACUCGACCCGAAAAUCGAACGCGUGAAACAUGAUUUCUUCACGUCUCAACCGGUUAAAGGGUCUUGUGUCUAUUACAUGAAAUCCAUCCUGCACGACUGGUCGGACGACAAAUGCAAAGUGAUCUUGGACCACGUGGUUGCUGCGAUGGAGAAAGGAUACUCCAAGGUGGUGAUCGAGGAUUUUAUUCUCCCUGAUUCUGGGUGGGUUUGCUUCCCGUCUUGA